AUGGCUCAUGCUCCCCUCCUGAGAACGAAUACGGCUCCUGUUUUCCAGCAAUCCAACGGAAUUGGCGGCCUCACCAAUACCAUGAGUAAUGCGCCCCGCGCCAGCCAGCUUUCCGGCUCGACAGUCUUCACCUCGUCCGGCUCGCUAGCCUCCUUCAACACUGCGUCAACAGUCACGCCCCCGCAAAAUGGCGGCCCCGUCGUCGCGACCGCCAAUAUCAUCAACCAAAAGGCCGACGCCUCGCGAUCCCUCUACCAAAUCUGCAUGUCCUUGAAGCUGCGCCUAUCACAGGUCCCCAACUUCGACCCCUAUCUGCAACAGCUCGAUCCCAACGACCCCGUCGAGUCAUUGUGGAGCCUUUUCCGCACCGGAUACCCGCUCCUAGACAUCUACAAUGCUCUGCAGCCCGAGAAGCCGCUCGAGAUCGAGGAGGCCAACGCCAACGCCAACGACAGCAAAAAAGCAAAAAUCGCCCUUUUCAAGUUCAUACAGGCAUGCUUGAAGGACCUGGGCAUCCCCUCGGCGGAAUGCUUCGUCAUUAGCGACGUGCUUGGUAACGACACAACCGGUUUUGUCAAGACCACCCAAGUAGUGAACUACGUCCUCGAUAUUGCCGAGCAGAGAGGCCUCCUGCUGCAGCUGCAACCUUACCCUGACGAUGACUUGCCCAUCGAACCAGGCUCCAAGCUGAGCUACCGGGAUCACAUCGUGAAGGAGCUGGUCGACACGGAGCGCAAAUAUGUGCAGGAUCUGGAGAACCUCUACGACCUCAAGAGCAGCUUGGAGACCAAGGGAAUCAUCACCGGCGACACGAUCCACCAGAUCUUCCUCAACAUCAACGCUAUUCUCGACUUUCAACGCAGGUUCUUGAUCCGCGUGGAGACUACCAACUCCAUGCCCAAACAGGUGCAGCAAUGGGGAUCUCCGUUUGUUACAUACGAAGACGCCUUCGACAUCUACAGGCCCUUUAUUGCCAACCAGCGCAAGGCAGCCCAGGUCGCCAACCAGGUCUUCGACCAGAUCAAGGCCAGCGGGCAUCCCGUCGCCGCCGACUUCAACACCUUGGACGGUUUCUUGCUCAAGCCCAUGCAGCGACUCGUCAAGUACCCGUUGCUGCUGAAGGACCUAAUGAAGAAGAGCGAUGACGAGGAAAUCAAGGCCGAUCUGGCAGCCGGUAUCGAAGCCGCGGAACGGGUGCUCUCUAAAGCCAACGAGGAGGUGAACCGCGAUCUCUUGGACGAGGCGCUGGAGGAUUUGCGAAACCGCGUGGACGACUGGAAGAACCACCGAGUGGAACAGUUUGGCCGCUUACUGAUGCAUGGUGUCUACACCGUCGUCACGGGCAAAAGUGAACAAGAGAAGGACUACGAGAUUUAUCUUUUCGAAUGCAUCUUACUUUGCUGCAAGGAGAUCUCGGCGAACAAGAGCAAGGACAAGAAGGACAAGACCAGAUCGACUGGCCCCAAAAUCAGAAACAAGAAUGCCAGGCUUCAGCUCAAGGGCCGGAUCUUCAUGACCAACGUCACUGACGUGGUCUCGCUCGCAAAGCCUGGUUCCUACAGCGUUCAGAUCUGGUGGAAGGGCGACCCUGGCGUGGAGAACUUCAUGAUCAAGUACACCAACGAGGAGCAGAUGAAAAAAUGGGCCGUUGCCCUUGAGGCGCAACGUAAGGAUAACGCGCCCAAGGCUUCAGCUAGCCCUGAUCAGCCAGCGCCCGACUUUGCCUGGACCCGCGAGAAUGCCGGCAAGCUCGAGAACCCGUAUCUCAACCAGCAGGACGACGACGACGACGACGAGCUGUGGCCGGCAGCCUCGGCUCCUGCCCAGUUCCCGGUGCCGACGCAGUCUACCGGUGGCAGCAUGUUGCCUCGCAACGCGUCGAGCACGAGCCUGCGGCAACGUGCCGCGACGAACGAGAGCCUUGCUGGCAUGGUGAGGGCGCCGCCGCCCCGAUUCCCGCUCCCUCAACCUCCUGCGCCCUUGAGUCUCACGACCCAGAUGCCUCCUGCUGGCGCGUCUUCGCCCGGCGCUCGCGGUGGCGACUCAUAUUUCUCCCCAGUGGCCGAAUCUCCUGUCUCCUCGCGCACGAGUGCAGCAAGCGGCAUGUUUCCCAACCCUGGGUAUCAAUUCCCCAAGUCCCUUACGCCGCAGCCUGGGUCGGGGUGGGAGGAUCCCAACCAGAGAUACACCGCGCCGGCGAUGCCUCGCGCUCCCUCCCGAGACGGUUCAUCCCAGCACAGGAACCCCCGUGGGCCCUCGUUGCCGGCCAUGGCGUCUAACAGCCAAAGCGCGGCGCAGCAGCAGCGUAGUAGAUCGUACAGCACGCCAGAUAUCAACGGUCCCGGAGGCAUCCGCCGCACUCAAGGCGGCACCCCCGUCCCCGCCGUGCCGGGCAUCCCGCCUCACCUGCACCCAGCCCACGAUCAGAACAUCCCUCGGUCGCAAACCGGCUCACCCAGGAUGAAUGAUGUGCCCAUCCGAACGAACACACAGAGCCCCGGAUCCCAGCGAGAGCGGCAGUAUGGCCACCAACAGUCCGGAAGCUACGGCGGCACAAUGUCGCAGUUCCCUGCCCAGCCCAUCUACCCUCGUCAAGGAACGCCCAACUCUGUUCAUGACCGACAGCUCAGCAUUGACGCCGCCGCGUCCAUGAAUGCGAUGCUGUCUCCGCCUCCCGGUAGUGGCAUCAGCGGCUCUUCGACGAACCCUCUUGCCAGCCCUGACCUGCCGAUUCCCACGCAGCUCAAGGUCAAGGUUAACUUCGUCGACAGCGGCAACUAUGUGACGCUGGUUGUUGCCUUCAACAUCACGUACCAAUCCCUGAUUGACCGGAUCGACGCCAAGCUCGCAAGGUUCACCAGCAGCAGUAUCAGCAAGGGCAUGCUCAAACUGCGCUACCAGGACGAGGAUGGCGACUUUGUCACCAUCGCUAGCGACGACGACAUCCAAAUCGCCUUCAUCGAGUGGCGCGAGGGGGCUCGCAACACCGUAUCGGGAGGAGUUGGCGAGAUCGAACUCUUCUGCGUUGGAGAAACGGCUUGA